CUCCAACAAGCCUUUAUUAGGAAAUUCUUCCGGUAUUGACUCUCUCUUCCCUGCUGCAACGGGUUCGCCAACAUGGUGAACGUGCCGAAGACCCGCAGAACGUACUGCAAGAAGUGCAAAAAGCACCAACCUCACAAAGUUACCCAGUACAAGAAGGGCAAGGAUUCUCUCUACGCCCAGGGUAAGAGGAGAUACGACCGUAAGCAGAGUGGUUAUGGUGGCCAGACCAAGCCUAUUUUCAGGAAAAAGGCUAAGACUACAAAGAAGAUUGUGCUGAGGCUUGAGUGUGUGGAGCCUAACUGCAGAUCCAAGAGAAUGCUGGCCAUCAAAAGAUGCAAGCACUUUGAAUUGGGUGGAGACAAGAAGAGAAAGGGCCAGGUCAUCCAGUUCUAAGCUGGGCCAGUCAUUGUCUGGACUUCAAUUUUCUGUCAGUUUUCAAUAAAGUGCUAAAAAUGAA